AUGAAUUACGAAUUCGAGCGAGAGAGCGGUUUUAUCAAUAGUCAGCCUUCGCUUGCUGAGUGCCUGACAUCUUUCCCCCCUGUCGGUGAUUCAUUUCAAAGUUCAUCAAUCAAGAGCUCGACGCUUUCACACUCGACACUGAUUCCUCCUCCUUUUGAGCAGACCAUUCCCAGCCUCAACCCAGGCACCCACCCGAGGCACAGCCGGCCCAGACACAGCCCCGAUGGAUGCAUCCCGCUGCCCACCGCCUCCCUACCCCCGGAAUACCCCUGGAUGCGGGAGAAGAAAGCCUCCAAGAAGAAUCACCUGCCGACUUCCACCGCGACUGCCAUAACGAGUGGACCUGUAUGCUUCUCCCCGAAAGGUGGGUGGUUUUUAUGGGGUAAUUUAGAGGGAAGACAUUUUUAUGCAGAAUGCACUUUCUAAGCACUUGAAGGAGUGGCAAUAGGCUAGUCCUUACCAAGUUGCAGAGCCUAAUCGAAAUUAAUCUGCUGUGCACAAUUGCGCAUUGGGUUAUCCAUAUUGUUACUCUACUCGGAAAAGUUUUGGCAAAGUUAAGUAAUGUACAAUUAUUUAUUUGAUUUCCACGGUGCCCUUCCUCGCAAAGCAGUGCCAAAGUUUGAUGUGUGACACUAAUGAAGAGUGAUAGAGUAGUGUUGCCGUGCAUUCAUUAGUAUAGUAGCCCAGUCUGGACCACACUACUGCUUUCUCUCUCUUUCUCUGCUGUAUUUUUGGGGAAAUUAUGUACAUAUGUUGCGCUAUAGGACUUAGUCCAAUAGUGUGCAUUAAUUAAUCAAUAGCCAUAUUACAAGUAGGCUAUUUUUUGGGGAGAAUGUCUAGGGUGCUACUAUGAGCAGCCAUUUUGCUGCAGUAUAGCCACUGUGUUAAAUGGGUUACUCUCUGGUGGUUUGUGCUUAUACAGGAGUAAUAUUGCAUUAUCAAGUGGUUCAUAUUGUAAUGCUUCUUUAUCUUGUGAUUGAUGUGCUUAUGUGCUGCUGUUUCAGGCUCGCCUGAGAUUCUAGAAAGUGGAGGAGGAGGAGAGGGCUCCCGGCGGUUGAGGACUGCGUACACCAACACACAGCUCCUGGAGCUGGAGAAGGAGUUUCACUUCAACAAGUAUCUGUGCCGACCGAGGAGGGUGGAGAUAGCCGCCCUGCUGGACCUCACCGAGCGGCAGGUCAAAGUAUGGUUCCAGAACCGGCGGAUGAAGCACAAGAGGCAGACCCAGUGCAAGGAGAACCACAAUGGCGAGGGGAAAGAGCCGAGUGCCGAGGACAGGACCCAGAGCGACGAGGAGGAUGAGGGCUCGCUUUUUGAGCAGAGCCUCAAUACAGUGACCGGGGCCCUUAUGGAGAGAGGGGCCUGCUCCUUUCAGCAGAACUCACUGAGUACUUCCCAGCAGCUCCAGAAUGUUGGCCCGCACAAUGGCGAGGCCCAGAGUUAUACAGUUUUACCACUGAGCAGCAAUGACAAAAAUCUGAAGCAUUUCCCCAACCCGUCACCCACUGUUCCAGGCUGCGUGUCAACAAUAGGGCCCGGCUCUGCAUCUGGCCAGGACAAUGGCGGUAGUCCCGCAGCCAUGGACGUCUCAAUACACGACUUCCAAGUAUUCUCCUCGGAUUCUUGCCUUCACCUCUCCGAUGCCGCCUCGCCUAGUUUGUCAGAAUCCCUGGACAGCCCCGUGGACAAUCUGGACAUAUCUACGGACAGCUUCUACUUUUUCUCGGAGUCAUUAACUACAAUCGAUUUACAGCAUCUGAGCUAUUAA